GACAUUGAAACACCUAUUUUUGACAUUUCACAAUUUGCACCAAAACACAAAACAAUCUUUAAAAAGACACAUUUAUAAACAUAUUUAAUAACUUAAAAUGCUGGUCUUAGUUUUGGGUGAUUUACACAUCCCACAUCGAUGUAGCAGCCUUCCGGCGAAAUUUAAGAAGCUCCUAGCCCCCGGGCGAAUACAACACAUCUUAUGCACCGGAAAUUUAUGUACUAAAGAAUCGUACGAUUAUUUGAAAUCGUUAGCGAGUGAUGUCCAUGUAGUACGAGGCGAUUUCGACGAUAAUUUAAAUUAUCCCGAGCAAAAAGUGGUUACAGUGGGGCAAUUCCGAAUCGGAUUAACACACGGUCAUCAAGUUGUACCGUGGGGCGACCCAGACUCUUUAGCUUUAAUUCAACGACAAUUAGACGUCGAUAUAUUAAUUUCGGGGCAUACGCACAAAUUUGAGGCGUACGAACAAGAAAAUAAAUUUUAUAUUAAUCCCGGAUCAGCGACCGGAUCUUAUAACGCUUUAGAUACGAGUAUCAUUCCAAGUUUUGUUUUGAUGGAUAUUCAAAACACGACCGUUGUAACUUACGUUUAUCAAUUGGUUGGAGAUGAAGUUAAAGUUGAACGAGUUGAGUAUAAAAAAUACUCCGUUUAAAACGAAAUAAUUAAAAAUGAGUGUUGUAAAUAUUUGGAAAGACCUCGUUUAUGUAUCGCAUUUAUCUAAUUUAAGGUAUAGUUAUUUUAAUUAAUUUUAUUGAGGUUAUUCGAAAUAAUAUUGAAUUUAAAGAUUAAUUUUUAAGAGGA